AUGCCAAUCGUAAUCAUUGACGAUACCAAUCCGGCGAUCGUCUACUCCCAGCGGUCAUGGAGAGGGGUGUCCGGAAACACGAACAACGAAUACAAGUCUUCUCUACAUUACCCCACUGCCGUCGGAGCAACCAUCCGAUAUCAGUUUCGAGGAAUUGGCAUACACGUCUACGGGACCGUCACACAGCCAGUUACAAAGGGUUAUCCGAAUGUCACAUACCAGGUGGACAAUGAUCUCCCCCGAGGUUGGAAUCUCUCCCUGAGUUUACAAGAUACGAUCAACACCCAAUCGCACGUAGUCCUCUUCAAAUCUGCAGAAUACGACUACGGAGAUCAUGAAAUUACCGUCUAUGUUGGGGAUUUUGAUCCUGGAACAACUGGUCGCCUCAACUUCGACUUCCUGCUUGUCAUUGGUGCAACUGAGGAGGACGCGAGGAACGCUGGUGGCCUCAUUCUCUUGGACGAUAAUGAAGCCGGUUCCAUCUACGACGCGGGCUGGUCUCUGACCGGUGGAUACAAGCAAGAAAUGAGGUUUGGAGUGCAUCGUUCACCUGCUGGUGCAACUGCAACGGCUACGCUUCCCUUUACUGGGACGAAUAUCGAGGUCUACGCGACACUCGAUGGAGACUACGGCUCGAACGCGAUUGCCAGUUUUGCAGUUGAUCGUGGUACUGCGAAUGAGGUUGUCCGAACCUUCAAUGGCCCAGGACGCGUCACAAGGCAAUUCAAUACCAGAAUCCUGUCGUUACUAGAUCUAGCGGAUGGGUCUCAUACUUUAAGUAUCACUGCGCUGGGGAAUGGCGCGGUCGGUUGGCGCUUAGACUAUUUCAUCUACGGUACGCCCACCGUCGCAUCCUCCCCUGCAGAUAGCGGUGCCGUUGGUGACAAUAGUAGCAAUGGUGGAGUGUCGGGCUCAUCAGCAUCGCAGUCUGGGGGUGCAACCUCGCAAACUGCAACAGGGGUGAUACAAUCACCUAUCCCUGGCUCCGACUCGGUCACUUUGUCCAGGCAUAUCAACGGGAGUGCGGGUCUAAAUGAACAACCCGUUGGGGAAUCACUCGUUCGCGGGCAAUCAAGCAAAGCAGCUAUUGCUGGUGGAGUGAUUGGUGGCAUAGCCAUUAUGGCCCUAGCCAUCUUCUUCCUGUGCUUGUAUCGACGAAGACGAAAAAAAGAGAGAGAGACAGCGUCAAUAGAUCAGUAUCGCGUCUCUGUGGACAGUCAUGGCCCUCACAAUUCCGCAAAUGCGACCGCUUCAAGCUCCACGACACCAAAAAGAGGCGACAUUACUCUCCCUGUGCUCUAUAUUCCUCCCAACAAAGCUCCACUUACCAUCGCUGCUCCGGCUCAGCCAAACUUACCCCGAGCUACGACUCUAGCGACCGUACAGGAGAGUCACGAAGCCGAGAGAAACCGUGUCCAAGGCGGUUCGACCCUCCCGCUCUUUUUUAGCACCGACCAACAAGGUCUCCCAGAGGCGACGUUACCUGAAGAGGAACACCAAGGGCGAUUGAGAGAGCAAGAUGGUGGGAUACGCUUGGAAUGGGUUGAUAAUGAGGGCGUUCACGAGACACUUCCACCAUCCUAUUCUAACUACUCGUAA